AUGCACACAAGCAUCAGUGAGAUCCUGAAGGAGAAGACCCUGAAGCCGUCCCGUCGUAGCCUGCCCUGCCUGGCCCAGAGCCAAACCCAUCCACAGAACAUCAACCACUUCCUGUCUAUGCCCCUCACCCCCGACGACAAGCCCCAGACACACCCACAGGCAGGGAGCACUUCCUGCACCCUCAUCUCCUCCAAGACAGGUCAAGACUAUUAUCAAGAGGAGGCAGAAGCUAGUACGUACGAGGCAGGAAGGACAGACGAGUCGUUUCUCAUUCAUAAACCUGCCACCCGAGCUAAAUUAGAGGCACGCGUAGAUUCGCUUCAGGGGACCAACCCUGGGCAGCCGUCCGGUCUGCUGUUCAGAGAUGGGAAGAAGCGUAUCGAUUACAUCCUGGUCUAUAAGAAGUCCAGUCCUCUGGUGGAAAAGAGAGUCACCUUUGAGAGGAACCUGAGAGCUGAGGGGCUGAUGCUGGAGAAAGAGCCGUCUCUGACCAACACCGACAUCAUGUUUGUGAAGAUCCAUGUUCCCUGGGACACACUCUGUAAAUACGCUGAGCAGAUGAAUAUCAGGAUGCCAUUCAGGAAAAAAAGUUACUUUACAGAUUGGAAGAGCAAAGCUAUGGGCAGCCGGUUUCAUCUGAGGUGUCGUCAGAUAAAGAGUUGGUUACCCAGGAACCCCAUGAAGCUGGACAAAGAGGCCUUACCUGACCUAGAGGAGACAGACUGCUAUACAGCCCCCUUCAGCAGGGCACGCAUGCACCAUUUUACCAUCAACAACAGACAUACGUUCUUCUCCAACUCCACCAGAAGCAGAAUAGUCCACCAUGUUCUCCAACGCACCAAGUAUGAGGACGGGAAGUCUAAAAUGGGUGUCAAUAGGUUACUGGGCAAUGGGACAUACGAGGCUGCAUUUCCUCCGCACGAGGGUGGAUACAAGAGCAGACACCCUAUUAAGACUCACGGUGCCCAGAACCACAGACACCUGCUGUACGAGAGGUGGGCUCGCUGGGGCAUGUGGUACAAGUACCAGCCUCUCGACCUUAUCAGGCGUUACUUUGGGGAGAAGAUUGGGCUGUACUUUGCCUGGCUGGGUUGGUACACUGGCAUGCUGAUCCCGGCAGCUCUUGUGGGUCUCCUCGUUUUCCUCUACGGAUUUCUUACCAUGGACACCAGCCAAGUCAGUAAAGAGAUAUGUGAGGCCAACACUACUAUCAUGUGUCCUAUGUGUGAGGAGAACUGCAACACCUGGAAACUCAGUGACAGCUGUGUCUAUGCAAAGGUGACCCAUCUCUUCGACAAUGGAGGAACUGUGUUCUUUGCUAUCUUUAUGGCAAUAUGGGCCACGGUGUUCCUGGAGUUCUGGAAGAGGAGGAGGGCGGAGCUGACUUAUGACUGGGACCUCAUCGACUGGGAGGAGGAAGAGGAGAAUCUGCGGCCCCAGUUCGAAGCCAAGUACUCCCGAGUAGAGAGAGUAAACCCUAUCUCUGGCAAGCCAGAGCCCUUCCAGCCCUUCACUGACAAACUCAGCAGACUCAUGGUCUCUGUGUCUGGCAUCUUCUUCAUGAUGUCUCUGGUGCUGACUGCAGUGUUUGCUGUGGUGGUGUUCCGACUGAUUGCCAUGGAGAAGUUUGCAUCGUUCGACUGGGAGUUUGUCAAGAAGAACUGGCAGUUUGCCACCUCUGGCACCGGAGUCUGUAUCAACUUCAUGAUCAUCAUGUCUCUCAAUGUGGUAUAUGAAAAGGUGGCCUAUCUGCUCACAAAUUUAGAACACCCACGGACUGAGUCAGAGUGGGAGAACAGUUUUGCUCUCAAGAUGUUUCUCUUCCAGUUUGUUAACUUGAACAGCUCUACCUUCUACAUUGCAUUCUUCCUUGGAAGGUUCGCCGGCAGACCAGGGAAAUAUAAUAAACUGUUUAACAGAUGGAGAUUGGAGGAGUGCCACCCCAGUGGCUGUCUGAUCGAUCUGUGUCUACAAAUGGGAGUCAUCAUGGUACUGAAACAGAUCUGGAACAACUUCAUGGAGCUGGGUUAUCCUCUGCUGCAGAACUGGUGGUCUCGGAGGAAGAUCAAGCAGACAGAAAGGGAAGAGAGAACACGAGGGGGACAGAAUGUGGAGAUCAAAGUACAGCUUCCUCAGUGGGACAUAGACUGGAACCUGCAGCCCAUGAACGCCCACGGACUGGUGGAUGAGUACCUGGAGAUGGUUCUCCAGUUUGGUUUCACCACGAUCUUUGUGGCUGCAUUCCCAUUGGCUCCUCUACUGGCUCUGCUCAACAACAUCAUCGAGAUACGACUGGACGCCUACAAGUUUGUCACCCAGUGGAGGAGACCCAUGCCUGCCAGAGCCACAGACAUUGGUAUCUGGUAUGGUAUCCUGGAGGGGAUCGGCGUGCUGGCUGUCAUCACCAACGCCUUCGUCAUCGCCAUCACCUCCGACUACAUCCCUCGCUUCGUCUACGCGUUCAGAUACGGACCCUGUGUGGACAAGGAGUACCACCACGAGAAGUGUCUGCGAGGCUACAUGAACAGCAGUCUGUCGGUGUUCGACAUGGGCGAACGCUUGAACGUGAGUGAGGAGAGUAGAUACUGCAGGUACAGAGACUACAGAGCCUCUCCCUGGAGCCCAGUACCAUACGACUUCACUCUGCAGUUCUGGCACGUCCUGGCUGCAAGACUAGCCUUUAUCAUCGUCUUCGAGCACCUGGUGUUUGGCAUCAAGUCGUUCAUCGCGUACCUGAUCCCAGACAUGCCCAAGAGUCUGUGUGACCGCAUGCGACGGGAGAAGUACCUGAUGCAGGAGAUGAUGUAUGAAGCAGAGCUGGAGCACCUGCAGAAGGAGAGGAAGAAGAAUGGCAGGAGAUAUCACCACGAGUGGCCUUAGUGUUAGUUAUGUUACGUCCCCCUGUACUACAUACAGUACCUCGUCUGCACACCUAAAUCACACACACACACACACACACACACACACACACACACACACACACACACACACACACACACA